GGGUGUAGCUCAGGCCCAGACAUGCCAGUCCAGACUGGGCAGCUUUUGGGAGGAUUUGGGUUCUGGCUCCGUUUUAGGGUAGGGCUGACUGACUCAGGAGCACGGCGGCAAGAGCUCCACCUCACCACUCAGGAGGAAGUAUUGGAAAUCUUAUAUCGUCAUCCCUUGCAACCCCGACCACAAGUCUCAGCACGCUCCAUUAAGUACUCUAUGAAAAUAUGAAAUGUAAGAACUGCAAGCAAACAAAGGAAAUUAUAUUGGUGAAGAAAGAAAAUUAUUUUUCUGCUUUUUGAUAACUGCUAACAAAGCAUAAAACUAAAGACACGCCAACAGUGAUCACAUGCUCAACAAUACUGUGUGAUAUUGAAAUGUUCUGAGUGCCAACGAGUGGUGGACAACUGUUUUUCAUUUGAACUGUGAGGAAUGGUGGUCUUUCGAGAAGAAGAGGCACAAUAAACAAGUAACCUUCACUGAGCUGCUCAAUCUAAAAGCAGCUUGUUGACUGCCAUCAAUUAUUUGACGGGGGGGCCAAAGGCAAGGUGUAGUGGUAAAAGAUGGCUUUGGUUCUUCACCUAUUGGCUUGUAUCUUUGGGACUGGUGCAUGGGUGGCCAUCAACGGCUUAUGGGUUGAACUUCCACUCAUCGUCAAUGAACUGCCAGAAGGUUGGUACUUACCAUCUUACCUCACCAUAAUAAUCCAAAUGGCCAACAUUGGGCCUUUGUUUGUUACCAUAAUGCACAAGUGGAAGCCUGGGAGGCUAAAGGAAGUUUGGGUCAUAUACACCAUAAUCAUUUUGGGAAUCGUGGCAUUAUUCCUUAUGGCUUUUUUCUGGAAGGAAACCACCUGGAUAGGAGGCCAUUUGCACAGCACAGGAUUCCUGGUCUUGACCUUUUUCCUAUCUUUAGUAGAUUGCACUUCAUCUGUAACCUUUCUGCCGUUCAUGAUGCAACUGCAACCUAAGUAUAUAACAACAUACUUUAUCGGUGAGGGGCUUAGCGGGCUUAUCCCAGGUCUUUUAUCCUUGAUCCAAGGCGUGGGAAUGAUAAAGUGCAUUAAUGUGACACACACUGAGAAUGGAACACAAGGAUGGUUAAACACCACAGAAACGGAUCACUAUAUACAGACUCAAUAUCUCCCGGCAAACUUCUCCGUUCAGGUCUUCAUUUUUCUUUUGUUCAUCAUGAUGGUCUUCUGUCUCGUAGCUUUUUUCUUUCUAAGUAGGCGUUCCGAAAAGGAAGACCCCGAUAAUGACUUGCUCAAAAGUACAAACACCCUGAAUUCCUACUCAUCAACGGACAUAUCGAAUGACACAAGGCCUUCAGAGGUGAGCGGGACAGGUGGAGGCGCCAGCAAUGAGAACACUCCAGAGUCUGAAGCAAACAAAGUGGUGUACUCAUAUGGCCAUUAUGCACUUAUAUACUUCCUCACUGGAUGGGUGAAUGCCCUCACCAAUGGAGUCCUUCCUUCCAUACAGACAUACUCAUGCAUGCCAUAUGGUAAUCUGGCAUACCAUCUGGCAGCAGCCCUGGGAUCCAUGGCAAAUCCUCUAGCUUGCUUGAUUGCCAUGUUCUUACCUAGCAGGUCUCUUGUCAGUCUGGUGUUCUGGUCGGUGCUCGGGACAGGAUUUGGGGCUUACAACAUGAUGACGGCAGUGAUGAGUCCGUGCCCCAUUCUACAAAGUACUAACUGGGGUGUUGCCCUUAUUGUCAUCUCUUGGGUUCUCUUUAUCGGUACGCUGAGUUACGUCAAAGUAAUGAUUGGGAUAAUUCUACGCAGCCAGGGUCACAGUGCCCUCCUUUGGUGCGGAGCGGUGGUGCAGUUGGGAUCCAUGAUUGGGGCGCUUGUCAUGUUCCCAAUGGUCAAUGUGUACGGGUUUUUCAAAUCUGCGGAUCUUUGCAAUACGAACUGUCCUAGCUAAGAAUUUUGAUAAAUGACUUGACACUAAACAUACAGACAUAAAUACCUCUACAUGAAAAGCACAGUUAAA